AUGAAUCACCAUGGGAGAGUCAGUCCUGGAACUGCAGCCUCAGCAGAAGAGAGAUGCUGCUCCUGGCUGAACCCCUGGCUCUUCAUUGCUUCUCUCCUUGCCAUCAAAACCGCCAUUGUAACCGUCUGCCUUGUUGUUCUCCUUCAUGGAAGCUAUGGCCAGUACAUGACUCUGGUCCAGAAUGCUACAGAGUGGCGCUGCGUCCCCAGCGUAUCUGCAGGCAAAAGAUUUUCCCCACACACAGAGGAGGGCUGGACGUGCUGCCCGAAGGGCUGGAAACGCUUCCAAGGAAGCUGCUACUUUAUCUCAGGUGAUGCGAUGUCCUGGGCUGCCAGCGAGCAGAACUGCACUGGGAUGGGCUCUCACCUCGUGGUGAUCAACAGCGAAGCAGAGCAGGAUUUCCUCUUCAACUUGGCAAAAAGAGCAUUUACUAAUGCCUAUGAAACAAAAUACUACAUAGGACUAACUGCUUACAACACUGGGCAAUGGCAGUGGGUGGAUCAGACUCCAUAUAAGAAGACGACCACUCAGUAUGUCAAUGAUGUGGAAAAGGCCCUCUCUGUUCCAUGA